GCACCAGAGGUGACCUCGGCCUAGCGCUCCUGCUCCGGGCGGGGCCGGCGGCGGCGCCUCCAGGCCGUGGGCGCCAGUGGCCUGCUAGCGCCGGAAGGGCCGGGCCUGCGCGCUCCGGGGACUUGCGGGCCGACGGCGCGGGCGCGGGCGCGGCGGGAGGGGCUACGGCUGAUCUGUUUUUCGUUUCCUCUUACACCCUUUCUCAGUGUCAUCCUGAACACCGGAAGGUUCAGCGGCAGGGCUACGGACAGACCCACCCACUCUGCCCCUCUGUUGUGUGGCCACGAGGACGCCCAUUCCUCUCUGGACUCCACCCAUUAAAGCGGUUUCAGGCUCUUCGGCUGUAGAUGCAGAGCUUCUCAGGGUUGGCUGGAAGCCACAGCCCAGCCUCCUGAUGCAGUCUGAAUCCAGCCGGUGUGAAGAGGAAACUCCUUCCCUCUCGUGGGGUUUGGAUCCUGUGUUUCUAGCCUUCGCCAAACUCUACAUCAGGGAUAUCCUGGACUUGAAGGAGUCCCACCAGGUGCCAGGUGUAUUUUUUUACAGUGGGCAUCCAAUAAAACAGGUAGAUAUCUUGGGAACUGUAAUUGGAGUGAGAGAAAGAGAUGCUUUCUACAUUUGUGGAGUGGAUGAUAGCACUGGAGUUAUAAACUGCUUCUGCUGGAAGAAAUUGAAUAAUACCAGAUCCUCAUCAGCUGCUCCGAGUGCAAGAGAGCUGAGCUUAACCUCACAGCUUAAGAAGCUGCAAGAGACCAUUGCGCAGAGGACAAAGGUAGAAAUUGGGGACAUUAUCCGGAUCAGAGGUCACAUCCGCAUGUACAGAGGAGAGCGAGAAAUUUACGCCACUGCUUAUUAUAAAGUGGAUGAUCCAGUGUGCAACAUUCAGAUCGCAAGGAUGCUUGAGCUGCCCACCAUCUACAGGAAAGUUUAUGACCAGCCCUUCCGCAGCCCAGCCCUGGAGAAAGAAGAGGCACUGAGCAGCAAUCCAGGCACCCUGGACCUUGACAGUCUCACGUAUCUGCUGAGUGAAAAAGUCAAAGAAUUCCUUGUGGAGAACAGAGUGCAAACCUUUUACCAGCAGGAGUUGGAAACGGUGGAGUCCCUGCUGUCCCUUGCCAACCAGCCUGUGAUUCACAGCGACUGCUCCGGGCGAAUGGAUUUUAAGAAUGACACCACUUCCAAGGCAAUUCAUAGUAUAUUUAGGAACGCUAUAAAGCUGCUGCAGGAAGAAGGACUUGUUUUCCAGAAAGAUGGUGGUUUUGAUAACCUAUUCUAUGUAACCAGAGAAGACAAAGAAUUACACAGAAAGAUCCACCAGAUCAUUCAAGAAGACUGCCAGAAACCAAACCCAACAGAAGAACUAUGAGAAGUUGAGGGAAGCUCUUGGAAAACUCUCCGGGGCUACAGUUGGGUCACCGCUCAUGUACCAAAGAGCAACCAAGGGGUUCGCCUGAAAAGGAGGGAAGCUGAGCAGACAUCCUCCCCCUCUCUCGGUGCGUACAUGUUUCAGGAGCUGUGAACACUGUGUAUAGUUAAUGUAGGCGAGAAGACAAAUAGUGUUCUGUCUGGUCGAGGGUUUGUUUGAAGAUCCAUGAUUAUCCCCAUCUGGUAAACUACCAUUGCUUCUCAUCCCUAUAAGACACUUCUUUCUAAUUAUUUCCCCCUCUGAUAGUGUGCCAGGACACUGGCUGGGAGAAAGCCGAGCGGAAAGAAGUCUAUUCAAUGAUGAGGAACCCAAGACUUGGUGCCAAGGAUGAAAACCAAGCAAACUUGUAAUUUUCCACUGGAGAAAACAUCCACACUUUUUUAUUAGCUUGGUCUCUUCUCUACAAGUGGCCUGUAGAGCAACUGCCCCCAGAAAAGCACCUCAUUGUUUCCUUACUAGAUUUACAAGAAGAACACAGGCAAACUCAGGAAGACCGUGGCGAGGCUUGCUGGAGAAGACAGCAGCAGGCACUGGGGAGAGAAGCAGGACCAACCUGAAGGGAAAUCAUGUCUGUGGACAAAGAACCUUGCAAUAGAGUUUUUGUUUGCCUAACAGUCUACUGAUUGAGGCUCUAAAUGUGAUCCCAAACUCCCACAUAAGUGAGUUUUUACUUAAUCCAGAAUUUAAAAAAAAAAACAGCCUAUUUUUAUUGAACUUUUAUUAGGUAAACCCAAACAGAUCAGUCCCAGGGUUUACGUGUUCACAAGAAUUCUAAAUCAAACCCCAAAUUCCUGAAGAGACUCCAGCCUCUCCCUGUAUGUCAAAUUAAAAAGAUAGGUUUGGGCUUCCCUGGUGGCGCAGUGGUUGAGAGUCCGCCUGCCGAUGGAGGGGACAUGGGUUCGUGCCCCGGUCUGGGAAGAUCCCACAUGCCGCGGAGCGGCUGGGCCCGUGAGCCGUGGCCGCUGAGCCUGCGCGUCCGGAGCCGGUGCUCCGCAGCGGGAGAGGCCACAACAGUGAGAGGCCCGUGUACUGCAAGAAAAAAAAAAAAAGAUAGGUUUUACUUUGAAACAUCAAAAGAGGAAUUUUGAAGACCGCAUAAUAGCCCUAGUUUUUUUUUAAGAUAGAAACAGUAAAGUGGUGUCUCAUUCAGACUGAUGUGGUGAAAAGUUUGUGUAAACUAGUGAAAAACCUGGGUUUGAAAUAGUGCCAUUUUAUGGCUUUCGGUCUACCCAGUGUUUCAUAUUAUGUCUGAAUUACUAUAAGGGAACAGGUUUGCUGCUCUGAGGAAAGCCGCUUUAAUGAAUAAGAAUUAUUUAAAUUAUAUAUCAUUUGUUAUUAUUCAGUAUCAUUUAAUUUUUAUGUAUUAUGUACCAUUUAAUAUCUAUAGGUGAUUUUAAAGUACUUGAAUUUAAGAGAUUUGAAAACAUACAUCCAUACAAAAGCCUGUACACAAAUGUUCACAGCAGUGUUAUUCCUAAUAACCAAAAAGUGGAAACUACCCAAAUGUCCAACUACUAAUGAAUGGAUAAAAAGAUGUGGUAUAUUCAUACAAUGGAACAUUAUCCAGCCAUAAAAGGAAUGAGGUACCGAUGCGUGUUACAGCAUGGAUGAACCUUGAAAACAGUAUGCUAAGUGCAAGAAGUCAGAUACAAGAGGCCACAUGUUGUGUGAUUCCAUUUCUAUGAAGUGUGCAGAACGGGCAAAUCCAUGAAGACAAAAAAUAGAUUAGUAGGGGCAGGAGGAGAGUUGGUGGUACAGGGUUUCUUUCUGGGGUGACAGAAAUUUUCUGGAAUUAGGUAGUGAUGAUGUAUGCGUGACCCUGAAUAUACCCAAAACCACUGAAAUGUGGGUUAGGUUGGGAUUCCUCACAGUGUGCCCUGUUCCCAGGGCGGGCUUCCCAAGGAAGAGCACACCCCAGACGGAAGCCGCAUGGCCAUUUUGUGCAGAGCCCCAGAAGCCGCACAGUGUCACUUCCAUGGCAUUCUGAUUGUCAGGGCUGUCGCAGAGUCACAAGCCCACCCACGCUUUGUGAGGUCAACAGUCUUCAUCAGUGUGCAUCUGGUAGGUAAAAACAAUUUCUGGGUUUUGUUUACAUUUUUACGUCUUUAGGUAUGAGUGGCGUCAAGCAUCAGUUCAUUCCAGGCAACAUUUAGACAGAUGCAUUAUGCCCUGGACGUUAGCCAUUGCUUCCAGCAGAGGCUGAGGGAGGCCCGGGUCGUAUGUUCUAGCAGCGGUGUCAGCUGCAGAAACAGUCCAAGGCCGGACACUGAGGUCCUAGCUAAUACACAGCUGGAAUAAACAUCCUGAAGAACUCAAACCUCAGUGUUCCCAAUUUGCUACUUCAAGUGCUUGGACACAUGCCUGCCCAAAUGUUAUAUAAUACACGAAGGCAGCAAUCUUUUAAAAACCAAUCACCAUAUUAUGAACUGAGACCUCUCAUAAACCAGACACCAUUCAGCUCUGGUUCAGUGACUCUGUCCCCAGCCAGAUAAAUGUGAAAAACUAAGGAUGUUUUUAAGAAAGGGCUAAUUAAGUGGAGAAGAUAGUUUUCGUAAUAGAAAUGGUCUUAAUGCUGCUUCCACUUUAAUCAGCAUAGCCUAAUUAUCAUAAUAAGGCAAUGCUUGCAUUUUCGUCAUUGACUGGGGUUUGGUACAGUUAAUUGGGCAACACCCAUUUUGGUAAUCUUCUUGGCUAGAAAUUGCAUCCUCAGGGAGAAGCUUUUUCAUUUUUGUUCUGAGGACAAAUCAGUGAAUGGAGCAAGUAAAGUAGGGGUGAGGACAGAGCAUCCUUCCAUUGUUUUUAGCUCUACUUCAGAGCAAAGCAACAGCAGUGUCACAUAAGCUGUGAUACGUGGCACAGUUAACUUGUGAUAAGUACUGAGUUUUCUCAUGUACUGAAAUUUGUGAAUGAUUAGUCUAUUCUAAUAUAAAUUUGGUGGCAGAAUAACAUAUUGAGCUGUUAGCAUGGGAUUUGUUUUUCCUGUCUUUUACUUCUUCCGAGCAAGAGGCCAGCCUUGCCUCCGGGAGGUUUGGUUUGGAGGCCAAAUCCAGAAGUUGUUUGUGCAGACAAGCUGACUUAUGUUUUCUGGAAGCCUGGAGCCUGGGAGGGAUUGGAGAUUAGUGGGCUCCAGGCAUUGCAGACCAGAAUGUGCUGCCCGUGGUGCCUGCAGCAGGUGGCAGGUUGGCAGGACUUCUGUGGAGAGGUUCUGCAGUGUCUCUUGCAGACUUAAAGCUUUGGCCUGUGAUCCCCAGCUUCAGCCGAGAUUCCCAAGCUUGGAACGGAAGCUUCUGCAAGCCUCCUUCUCUAAAGGGACACACUGGGGAUAUCAGCAGAAGACUGGGUCUCAGAAGAGUGGACACAUCUCGUAUUUUCCAGGCACCACGUACCCUCUUAUGUGAUGGUUUUUCACGCAUCUCUAGAGAAGGGGAGAGCCUGCCCCACCCAACUACUACCAAAAUUAUUUUCUUUCCAGCACAGAGAAUGAAGGCGCCAAGCCCCAGCUAACUUGAAAUAAAAAAAGGAAUAUGAUGUCUCACCCAUCUGAGUUUUGGGAGUAGGAUUCAUAUCACUACAGUUAGAAUCAAGUCAAGGUGAAGUUUUGAACAAGGUCACAUUCCCACCCACUUGCAUUCCAGAAUGGUCUCUUAGUGGUAAAGAAAGGUACAGUGUCAUGGUAAGGUUCCAGGGAAAUUGCUCAUGACCCUCCCACAGAGCUCACUAC